AAAGACGCGCUCAUUCGCUCGCAGCCUUCCCUCGCCACCGUUGCCGAACUGACGAACCGCGGAGACGCCGCACCGGCGCAACCCUCCGCCGCCUUCGCCGCCCGCCUUCGCCGCCUUCGCCGCCUUCGCCGCCGUUGGUCCUGAGGUACCAAUCCGGCGGUCUCUCCCUUUCUUUCUCGUGCCCUAACCGGCCGAUUCCCUGUUCAUAUCAAGAGCGCGCGCGCGGGGGCGUUGGAACCGGGGGAGCCUCUGGAUUUGAGUCUUGGCGUAAUUCGGUUGAAUCGCAAUGUUUGGAGCUCCUCUUAAUGCCCUUGAAUCAAGAGUAGAUGGAGCUGGGUGCUGCUUUUGCUGGUGAUCAAUGAUCGGGCAAGGAAUGGAGUUUCGCCCGUUUCUAUUGAGAAGCCCAAUGUCAGGUUUUGCUGGGUUUCUUCCUCGGGCGAUCCGAUAGCUUGUUCACAGGAACAUCCCUGAGGCACAUACCGUCGUCACAUUGAUCUGUGGCAAUAGCUUUUUGGUUUGUUCUCUCUGCUGAAUUUGAGGUCAUAACGAGGGGAGAUGCUUUCAACUGCCUAGUACUCAACCUCAAUCUAAGCAUAAAACGUUGAGGUGAUUUGGUUCAACAGUCAUUGAUUUUGGGUGAACGAUUGAACCGGGGACUGCUGGAUGCUAUGGAUCUUUCCAUAAUGAAGCUUCUGGAAGAAGAUGAGGAUGAAACCAUGCACUCAGGGGCUGACGUGGAGGCUUUCCAGGCUGCCCUUAAUCGCGAUAUUGGGGGUGAUGCAUCAACUUCUCGACCAUCAUCAUCUCAUAAAGGUGUCUCUCAAGGAGACAACCAUAUGCCCAGCCAAUCAUAUCCUGGAUGGCAACCUACUAGCCAGGCUGAAAUUGCAAAUUCUCAGAUUCAACAAGAACAAAAAAAUGCAGAACAUCAGGAACAGAUGUUGGCACAGAUGCAACGGCAACAAGGUGACUCUCUUGCUGAUCCCCAACAAAAUAAAACUUUGGAGGAAGUCAAUCACCAGCAUUUGAAGCAGAAACAAGUGCAAGAUGGUCAUCAACUAGAGCAGGGAGAACAAAAUUCUCUUCAGAUUAAACAAUCUCCUGGCAUGCCAGUGUCAGAAAACAAUUCCCUUCCCGUGAGUGAGCCAGGUAGAGUGCAGACACUAGACAGUGAAUCUCAGUACUUGAAGUUACAGCAAAUGAGCAAUCAACAGGCAACGAUCCCUGGGCAAGCACCAAAUAAAGCAAAUUGCAUUAAACAAGUUCCAUUUGCAUUAUUGCUCCCUGUGAUUCUUCCCCAGCUUGAUAAAGAUAGAGCCAUGCAACUGCAAACUCUUUUUUUUUUUUUGGUGACCCAGGGAACCCCUGUGCGCUGCUUCGCGGCGGGGUAAACCCUGGGGAGGCACGUGGUGAAACCACCACCCACGCACCCCGGGUAAAUCGCGCAAUUGCGUCCCCCGGGAAUCGAACCUCUCCCCUUGCGUUAGGGGGAGAGGUCCGCCACCAGCGAGGCCACCGCACGGGUGGUUUGCAACUGCAAACUCUUUAUGCCAAACUGAAGGUAAAAUUUUGGUACAGCUCUUUUGAAUUCUUCACUUGUCAAGGAAAUUUCAAUGAGGUUGUUAGUCAUUCUGUUGUUUG